GGUCAGACUGGGACGAGGAGGCUUGGGAGUAACGUAACGUUGACAACGUUUAAACAUGAAAUAAUCAUAAUAAUAUUCAUAAUGUAAUUAUGAUGAAUUGUUACGAUGGAUGGACGGAGUACGUUGUUCACUUUAUUCCAGUUUGAGCCACUGUGUGGCUUCUUUCGAUUUCUUUCUUGGAUUCUUUUCAGAGUAAUUUUUUUUUUACAUAUUGUAUCUACAUCUUUGUGAUAGGUCCUGCUUAUCGAAUCUAUUAUUCUUAACUGUGGUUCAACGCCAUGAAAUGCUCGUUGACGAGGUAAUAAGACGAUGAUAGACCAGAACAUGCGAUGUUGGACUCACACUACCUGGGAACACAAUAUGUUCUGGUAUACACAAGAUUGGAACUUUCACAUUGGUUAAUUUCACAGGAACUUCAGACGAAAUCGUGUAAGCUUUUAUUUUUGAAGACCACCAGGCGGAAGCUACUCUUGAUAUGGUAGUUCUGCUGGGUCGACGAUACAGCACUUUUGGUAUCGAUACAAUAGGAAGUAACUACACGGGCGCUGUUGCCGAUGCCGAUACGCUUUUUUUUUUUUUAAAUGUCAAGAUCCUUGAAUGAAUUUGUGAUUUCGUCUUUAAUUUAUUGAUCAUAAUUAUAAUCAGAAUAAAACACAGGACAAACAAAAAAAAUGUAAAAAAAAAAAAAAUUAACAAUACAGUAUACAAUUAUGACAGCAUAAAACAAUGUAACAAUAUCAACAAAACAAUUAAGAAAUAUGCUUUAGUCCCUUUUAUUACAUGACAUUGUUUGAGCAGUCAGUGAUGCAAAAUAAGCAGAACCUACUGUUGGCCACAGUGGCGGAAUUUUUUUAUUGGGGUGGUCAAGGUGAGACCGUUACCCACAUAGAGGAGACAAUAAGUUGAUACUUAAAUUGUCUAAAUGGCCAGUGGGGUGGCCGCCGCUGCUUUUGGACCGCGUGCUGAGCAUGUUUUCAAUGCAUAGUUUCUGGAUUCUGCUCCCCAUACUGUCAGCCAAACCCGCGCAGGGCAUAAAGUGGAUGCCGAUCGGCACUCCUGUUUUAACUCUAGACUCCUUGGUUUACAUGCUCACUGAUGCUGCUACAAAGAGUUUCCAUUAUUAUUACAGAUUUAUGUGCUGAAUCACACUUCAGAAUUUAAGUCAAAGUCAACAUAGUGAGAAAAAUUGACCGGAACCGACCAAAGUAAUCAUGGAAAACUUACCUACCGCUUGCAGUUCAUGCAAGACGCGGUUUUAUUGACAGCUCCUCUACACUGAAAGUUGUGUGCUGCAGUGAAAUCCAAGCCCAUGUCCAAGCGGAAACGGCAGUUAGGAUGAACUAAUGUUGUGCACCACAGAACCGUGUUUGUCAAAAUUGUCCCCCCGGCCAUGGAGGUGGCCACUGGGAUGGCCGUAGAGUGACCAAGUGUGGCCACGGCCACCACGUAGCUCAGCCAUUGCUUGGCCAGCCAUUGCUUGGCCAGCACCCAAAUUCCAAAUAAGAUGUAACAAUAUAUACCUGUACGAACAUCAACAAAUAUGAAUACAAUCACAUAUAUUUGUGAAAAUAAACAUUGAAGGCAACGGAAAAAUAUCGACCUCAUUGAGUUAGUAUCGAUCUGAUACUGCCCUUGGUAUCAAUGUUGUCGAUAUUUCGAUGGAUCCGCCCACCCCUCUUAAACACCGUGUCCGGAAGCUGCCCAGCGAAACUGUUGACACUCCUCGAAUUUUGCGGGUCUGGCCAGGAUAGUGCCAAUGAAUUAUCAGAGUUAUCCAGGUCCGAAUGUGAGCGGUUCUGUUGGUGCGGCGUGGUGCCGUGUGUUUUGGGCCGUUGGCUUGUUAGCCUGUUAGCUCUCCCGCGUUAGGGAACUUCAUCUAGAGUUGAAGUGUCAUUUUAACAAAAUGUCACGAGGAGACGCCAGACUACAGUUCUUGUACGAGCUGCCGGCUUCGGUCCUCUGUGAGUUUUGCCGGGUCAUGGAUGGGCUCUCAGACCUGGACUGGACCCGCUUUGCCUCGGAGGUCCUUGUAGACCAAGUCAACGUGCGACUGUCUGAGAGGCAGGAGAGGCGGACCAACUAUGUGAUGAGCCAAUGGGGCAACAGGAACGGCCGUGUUGGGGAGCUGCUCGACCUGCUGGAACAUCUCCAGCUUCUCCGUCCCAGAGACAUCAUCCUUCGCUGGUCAUCCAGCUUGACGCCACCUCCUCCUCCUCCUGUUCCUGCUGCUCCUCUACGACCGUCGCCUCCUGAUACUCUCUCUCGCUUUGACCCUCCACCCAAAACAGUGGUGGCCAUGACAAGCGCUAAAGUAGAUAAAGGAGGAGAAGGAGGCGGGUCCCUACCCAGACCUGCCCCACCCCCCUCCAGUUUGCAGUCAAGUCAACCUGGACCCCCCCAGGGCCCCACGUUGGUGGCGUGUGGCGAUGGAGGCCGUGGUGUGAUGUGCUGGUCAUAUGAAGAGGUGUAUGCUGGGACAGAGGGCUUUUCUCCUGCCCUGCAGGUGGGAGAGGGGGGCUUUGGAGUCGUGUACAGAGCUUCCCUGAGGAACACCGACUGUGCAGUAAAGAGGCUCAAACAGGACUGUCUGCAGGACUUUGCCAUGCUGAAGGAGAGCUUCAACACCGAAGUGGAAAAACUCUCCAAGUUCAGACACCCAAACAUUGUGGAUCUGCUGGGCUUCUGUGAAGGACCUGGAGGUGUUUGUCUCAUUUACAGCUACAUGGAGAACCGAUCCCUGGAGGAUCGGCUACACAGUGUGUCUGGCGCCCUCCGCUGGUCGCUGAGGGUCAGCAUUGUAGUUGAAGUGUCAACAGCCUUGCAGUUCCUACACUAUCCACCAGAGGGACAGAACUCUGUCAUCCAUGGGGACGUCAAGAGUUCAAACAUCCUGUUGGACCGCCACCUGGUAGCCAAGCUGGCUGACUUCGGCUUGGCUCGCUUUGUGUAUCCCAGCUCUUCGCGGCGCUCUGCGUCUAAGACGACGUCAUUGGGUCACACAACCACGGUGAGAGGAACGCUGGCGUACCUGCCUGAGGAAUACGUGAGGAACGGACAGCUCGGGACGACGGUGGAUGUCUACAGCUUUGGAGUGGUGCUUUUGGAGGUCCUGACCGGUCGGCGAGCUCUGGAGAAAGACAAGAAGUCAGGAGAUAUUUACCUGAAGGACCUGGUAAAGGAGGUCCAGGAGGGUCCGGCCGGUUCUUGUGCAGUGGCCUGGAGGCAACAGCUGGACCGGCGGCUGAUCAUAGCAGGGGGUGCCACAGAGCCAGCUGGGAGCAUGCAGAUGGCGGCGCUGGCCUGUGAGUGUCUGGACAGGAAGUGCAAGAAGAGGCCGGUCAUGACCGAGGUGUUUGACAAACUUCAGGACAUCCACAAGCUGGUGAGGAAGAGUGACAUCGCCCUCCUUCCUGCCCCCACUCUCUCAUCAGACUGCAAUGUGGAGGUUCUGAGCCAGCAGGUGUCCGGUCUGGGACCACUAGAGGACACCUACAAGCCCCCCUCCUACCUCCCCCCUCCUCUAUCCAUGUUUAGCUCAUCUUCCCUCUGUGCUUCCCUCUCCUCCCUGCCUCCCCCUUCUACCUCUCUCCAUCCUCCCUCAUCCUCUUCGUUUGAGGGUCCGUGUGAAACAGACGAGAGUCGAGGGUUCUCCCAAUACGACGUUUCUACUGGGAGCCACGGUCGCUCCAAAACUUUGUCCCCGCCCACCAGAAACCAGUACCAUAGUCAAACCAGGUCCAAUGAGUCCUGGUCCAGAGAGCCUUCUAAGGACCAAUACAACGUUCAUGUCCAUCCCAGCAAUGCUGCUAAUAGGACAGGACCAUGCCUCUCGCCUAGUGGCCCUCAGAUGGGGAUGGUAUCAAGACAAGGUCCUAGAGGGCAGACCAUAGAAAAAUGCUUCUCUCCUGCAGGACCACUUCAGUCAGUGUGUCCACAGUCCUCAGAUGCAGUGCGGCAUUGUGAGGCGUCCAGGGGUCCAGAGGAGAGUGACGAGCUGGAUUAUCUUGCUGACAGCUGACUGGUGGACGUGAUGGAUGUAAUCAAAUGUGUGACAUAUGUUCAAGGACCAAAAUUCAACCAUGAUUACAUCCUACACCAUGACCUCACAAUGUUUUUCUCUUCCUGUCUCUUUGCAAGGAAACACAGUGGAAUGUUGUCUUGAUUAACUUAAGAUGAUAUUAUUUUUUUUAAUUUGCACUGAAACAUUACUGUUUUUAAUAGACUAGCUGAAUUUUUGAUAGGUGCUGGAAUGCCAAACAGAUGCAGUGUAAAUCUGUCAUGUUCAACUAUUUUCAGUGCAAACUUUAUUUCUUACGCAGACACAAUGACUUCUGUGGUAUAGUGAGUGCUAAUUGCAUGACCAAAGGGAGAAAAUAAUGUUUUCAUAACAGACAGGCAGAAUAUUGCUUAUAUAAUAAAGUUUAUUUAAUAAUG